CGGUCCUGAUAAUCACGAAAUUUUUUUUUUUACAAUCUGGCAUAGUCAGUUUUAUUUUAGGCUGCCUAUCCGAUACGGUCAAUUCUAAUGAAAGGUAUACGGUAUGCCGAGAAUACGUAAGUGACGACACGUAUCUAGUUACGUCAUUAAAAAGACCAACUGACAGGUACCAUAGAAUUGUCGAAGCUCAACUACAGUCUUUUCUUCCAGUAUUCAUCCAGCAUAAACACAAGGAUGGCAUACUGAAGGAGCUCGUUGGUCAUGCAAUUGAUGCAACCACCAAAAUUGACCCGCAGUGGUUCGACGAAUCUGAUCCGCGCAACGGCCAUCGGAUCUUCGCUAUACGGUUCAUGUCGAGGGUGAAACUUCAACGUCAUUGCCAGCUUGACAACAGGGCUGCCAAGUCAAAGAGCCAAAAGAAGCGUCGUGCAACUGCGACGAAACGAAAUGCUCUUAAGCCAGCCAGGAAGAUGCGAAAUAUCCUCCAUACCUGAGGUUGACACGAACUCUUGGCACUUUUGUCGAGUACACAUAGCCGAUGGCAGAACGUACAGGUGAUACAGAUACUUGUUACGUCAUCCAAAUAACUCUGUUGAUUACAGCUCGUUCAGACGGACAUGUCUCGUCGUGAUCAGCAUUGACAUUUUCGAUGUACACGUUGCAAAUGAUGAAAUAUUGAAGGGCGGAGAGACGAUGAAUAACGUGUUUUCAAUGGACCAGAAACACCAGAUGACACCAUGCUCAAGAAGAAUACCGUGAGAAUCACUUUUGAGGUGGCCAAUGUACGUAUGCGGAACGCGUAACGUGACUGCAAACUACGUAUACUGUUUUCUGACACUAUCAACAAGUACCGGCAAAUAAUUGAGUCCCGUCUGAAGUUGAGAAUUGAUUCCUCACUUGGAAGACGUCGAAUUCAAAAUGCCGCUUCUGAGAUUGUAAGGACUUCACCGUAAUAUUCGUAAGGGGAAACACGAUUUUGAUAUAUGACACUUUAUCAUCAGGACACCAACUCUUCGUCUUUCCUCUUUUCCACCACUCGCUGAACUUUCUCUCUGUGCUUUUUUCGGGGAAAGCACUCCCCUCUCAGUACUACACUAGUCAAAUUUAGUUAUCUCUCACACGUUUCUGUAGUUUGGGAUUCUUGAGUUAGAGUUAGUUUUCCGGAUGUUCAGGGUUGAGCAGGAUCGCGACAAAGUGUCGUCGACGAAUUCCCGGGUGAAGCCUACCCAGGGCGAAAUUUGCCGUUACAGUAUGUUGGAUGUGGGCAUGGGUAUUCAGAUCGCCAAAAGGUUAUGUGGAAAAGGGAGUCGGAGAACGAAUGUUGAAUCGACUACACCGGGUGAUUGCGGAACCGUCGGCGGAGAAGCUGAGAUCCAUGACAGAGGGCCUGCCCCUAUGGGUAACUAGCUGAAGUUCGAUUAGCGCCCUGAUUGGCUGAGCCCCUGAACCCAAAACCGUUUCAACCGCGUAGGGUAAACAUGGGAGUGCAAAGCAAGCAGUUUUGAAUCUCGGUAACUCUGGUCUUUCGAAGAAUUAAUUUUCGCAUUUUUUCUCCAAGUCGCACGUUGUGAUCGCUGUCCGGAAUACUAACUCGAGCAGUGGUGAAUUUGCAUCCCAAAGUUUUUGCAAACAAGACUCAGUGUUCCGUCAAUCUUUAAAUCCGAAUUCGAUUAAGUCUUUCGUAUCAAAUUCAAUCAAUCUUCCAUACCGAGUUCGAACCGAACAUUGAUCAGUCAAGGUGAGUCAAAUAAAAUUAAAACCGUGAGAAGUAAGUCACUAAGUAACCCGAUAAAGGGUGCGUUAGCAGAGUGCGCGAGCGAAAAAAAAGGGGGGAGAAGCUAGAGUUAGUCUCCGGCCGGACGAGCAUCAGGAAAGGCGGUAUAGGUAUCGCUAAGGAAAAUGUGAUUUGUCUAGUUUCAACAUCAAUAAGUAGUGUGCGAUAUAACCUAACGACGAGUAUUGUUAUUACCUUCCAGCAAACUGAUCCUUACAAACCAAACAGCAUCUUUUCUGAAAUUAACAGAGUGUAGUGUUCCAACAAAUCCGAAUCAUCAAAUAACUUUUACUGAUUACAACAGUUUGCCGCGCUCAUUGCUUGCAAGCAGAACAACUCAACCGACCAGGGCAAACUGGAUUACUUGAUCAUGGUGUUGUUCGCGUUUCAUUUCAUUUGCGACGUGAAUAACGUAAACAUCAGAAGAAAAAGGAAAAAAACUUUACAGAAUCGCUCUCAAUCCUCGUGCUAUGAAACCCGAACGCUUGCUGCUGCACUAAACGCUACUUGUUUGUUACGAAACUUCGAAAGGCUUAUGCACUACCUAUAGAAUGCUCAAACAAUAAUAUCUGCAAAACGCUUGGCCAUCCAGUCUUUCUGCUCGGCUCACUUUUUGUUCUAGUAGAGCUCUAUACAGAGUGGACAACGUGAAAUUGCGCACCCAAAUUUUGUGGAAUUGAAGAGAUAGAGAUUGCAACUUCAAUCGAGAACUUAUUGCGACAUUGACAGAGAACUUUGUUACCUGUGUCGUACGAGUUCUAACCUCCAGUUAGAAUGAGACUCAUAACAGUUAUUUCGACACCGACAGAGACCUUUUAUCUGAGACAAGGGUUGUAGUACCUCUAAGAAAUACACUCAUCAAAAAGGUUUCAACUGCAAUGGGUAACUUCGACGCUUGCAUCGAAUAAGGCGAUUCUUUUGUAGUAGACGGGCUUGUCAGAGGAGUUGCAGUUUUGAUGUAGAAUUGAAAGAUUUUUUCUCUCAACAGGAGAUAAAUUUGUUACAGGGAUACAUCAACAUGGGUCAAUUCUCUAUCAGAUCUGUAGUACUUGUUCGUUUGAUCCAGAGCGGCAUUAUCGACCACUAUUGAUUAGUAUCAAGUUUACAUCCGAACCAUAUCAUUGUCUACCGGCUGCGACCAUGACAGGAAACGGUGAUGAUACCCAAUCACGGCAAAAAUUUCGCGCGGUAAAUUCGAAAAUGUUUUUCCGCGGAGGUAUGACUAGGGGGGUUGUUUGGUUGCUAUGUAUAUUGUUGUCAAGCGUUUACAAACUGUUGAUGCAAAGCCAUUAUAGCAAACGUCUCUGUGCGGAACGACUCUUUCGAGCUCCUUCGAAUCAAAUACAUGGCAAGUAAAAAACAGAAGAUGCCGAAUUACGUGUGGACGACCCAGGGAAAGAAAAAUGCUUAGGCAGCAUCAUCAAGAAAGAAGUCACCAGGAGUUAUCGGAGUUCAUGACUGGCAUGAAACCCGAUAGAAAGAUUUUGAAGUCUUCGGUCCGUAGCAUUGUCAAACGUUUUGAUGCUACGGGAGAGCUGAGCUCCGCAGCCCGACGGCCAGUUGUCCAGCCGUCGAAACGACCAGAUGAAGAUACCUGGCUCAACAUCUGCCUCGCCUACAAGGGAGGAAGCCAGCCAACGUCGAAGGUUGCCCAAGAGUUCGGAGUCUCUAAGUCGCCGGUGCUGAAUUUUUUGCAUGGAGCGAGACGAGAGUACCGUCGUGUUGCAUGGAAGGCCAAAUCGGCAAAACGUUCGAGUUUGGUCCCGCAGCAAUCCUCAUUUGGUGGUUCGGACAGCCACACAAUACCCACAAAAACUCAAUGUUUGGCUCGGCGUUCUUGAGGACCGUCUCAUCGGGCCCUUUUCCCUCGGUGAAAACCUCAAUGGCGAAAGGUAUCUUCUUCUACUCGAGAAGGAAAUCAUUCCUGCUUUAAGGGCAGUUGAUGGUGAGACCCAUCUGGUUUCAGCAGAACGGUGCGGCCUUAACACUAACGGCUGCUGUCAGAGCCUAUUUUGAUAGGCAAUUCCCCAGACGAUGGAUUGGCAGGGGCGGUCUAUUCGCGUAGCCAGCUCGUUCUUCAGAUCUUUCCCCGCUAGAUUAUUGUUUAUGGGCACACUUUAAAAAGUGUCUCUAUGCAGGGGAAAGGAUAGCGAAUGUUGCUGAGCUGCAGAACAGGGUGUUGGAAAUUCUGGAGGGCCUCCCUCCUGAACGGAUUCCUAAUACCACCAACGCUUUCUAUGAUCGCUUAGGGUACUGUUAUGCAGCGAAAGGGCUGCAUUUCGCACACCUCUUCCAAGGUUUCGGUGCAUGUUCAGGCCUCAGGGGAAUUUUACCUACCCCCCUAUUUUUUUAAGAUGAGUUCUCAUUGUCAUCGCACGCUUCAAAACAUGCCAUAUAGCUUCAAAAAAUGCCUUGUUAACACUUUUUUCUGUUUUCGCGUUUCUUAAUGCAUCACCGUUUGAGAUAAUAUGGCCACUCUGAGGUGUAUUUUGAAUACAUAUCACUUAUGGCCGGUAUGAUUUUUUAGUAUUGUUUUCUUCCACAAAAUAUCACAAUACGACGCACA